UCCCUGCUCUUAUCGACUCAGAGCAGCUCAGGAUGCAGCGUCUGAGCACACAGCUGUGCCUCUCCUUGCUGCUGCUGUCCUUGGGCGGGUCCCAGGUUCAGGAACGGGGCUACAAGGUGCAGGUGCAGAGCCAGGUGAAAGUGCAGGAAGGGCUCUGGGUCCUCGUGCCCUGUUCCUUCUCCUACCCCAGCCAGGAGGCAGGUCCAGAUUUCUCUCCAGCUCAUGGCUACUGGUUCACACAAGGAACCAACACAGCCACUGGGGAACCCGUGGCUACCACCAACCCAGCUCGACCAAUGCAAGGAUGGACUCAGGGUCGAUUCCAGCUGGGAGACCCCCACAAGAAUGACUGUACCCUGUUCAUCAGAGAUGCCCGGAAAGAGGAUGAGAAAAAUUACUUCUUCCGGGUAGAGAAGGGAGAGAAGCUGAAAUAUAAUUUCCAAAUGGACCAGUUCUGGCUGGAAGUGACAGCAAUCAGCCUCACACCACGCCCGAGGGAACACGGCACCCAGCUAACCUGCCGAGUGGACUUCACAGCUGGCAACACUGUGGAGAACACUGUCCGGCUGAGUGUGGCCUGCGCCCCCAGAGACCUGGUGAUCACCAUUUUCCGUGACAAUGCUCAAGGUGCGAGGUCCAGUGGCAGGGCUGGCUUGGCCCUGGAGAAGUGGAAAGCCCAGGAGUCCCAAGGAAACACGAUGUGCAUGGACAUCGGCAAAGGCCAGUUUCUGCGUCUCCUCUGCACUUCAGAUGGCCGGCCUCCCCUCAUGGUGACCUGGGUCCUGGGGAACCAAGUCCUCUUGAGGUCAAAUGCCACGCACCCUGGAACCCUGGGGCUAGACCUGCCUGGGGUGAAGGUCAGGGAUGCGGGGCUCUACACCUGCCACGCGGAGAACAGGCUAGACUCCCAGCACCCCGCCCUGGACCUCUCUGUGCAGUGUGAGUGGACCCCAGGGGGACAGGAGAGGGAGCCUCCGGAGGUGCUGACAGUGACCGCUUCUCAAGGAAACAGCACAGAGCUGGAAAUCUGCAGGAACGGCUCAUCCCUCCGUGUCCUGCAGGGACAAAGCCUGCGCCUGGUCUGUGUCACCCACUGCCACCCGCCGGCCAUGCUGAGCUGGGCCUGGGGUUCCCAGACACUGAGCCCCCCUUGGCCCAGGGAGCCUGGGGUGCUGGAGCUGCCCGUGGUCAAGGCAGAACAUGAAGGAGAAUUCACCUGCCGGGCCCAGAUCCCACUGGGCACCCUGCACAUCUCCCUGAGUCUCUCUGUGCACUGUGAGAGCUGCUUCUCCACAGCGCUUUUCAUGGCUGCCGGCCUGAGCAUCAGUGCCAAGGCUGUCCUUUCCCUCUGCCUCAUUGUUGUGGUCAUCAUGAAGAAGUUAAGGAAAUCGACCUCUGACAGAGACAUCCAGCAAGCAAGUUUCCCCGUGCAGCACUGUUCUUGAUCACAGCAUGGUCAACCCUAAGGCUGGGCCCCGAAUCUGAAGGCCAAGCCAAGCAGCCCUCCCAGGACUGCUUCUCCAGGCACUGGCUCCCCAGAACCAAGGAAGAACCAUAAGGCCAUCCUCAGCUGCCCCAAGCCCACAUCACCCCCACAAGGCCCAGACCCCGAGAUUUGUGCGGAAGAACUCCAUUAUGCUGCUCUCAACUUCCCCCGGCCUCUGGA